AUGAGAGAGAGAAAUGAGAGGAUUCCCGAUCCUGGUGAACAGUUUAGCUAUAUUGUUGUGAAGGGUCCCCAUCUUCAUGAUGAGAAAGGCAGGUUAAUACUAUAUAGAGUUGGGGAUUAUAUGGAGUAUCCAUCGAACAUAGGAAAAGAGCAAAACAUAAAAAUAGAUAUCAGUUAUUAUUUAGGCACUACAGUUGCAAUGUGCGCACGCUUUAUCAAUGAGAAUGAUAGUUAUCAACCACACCCAUCACAUAAAAUAAUGCAGAUCAAGGAUCUAGAUGUAAGAAAAAAGAAGAUCGACAAAUACUUCCAGGACAAGGCU